AGCUUCUCCGCUGCAGCGACACAUCAUUAGACACCGGCGGAGUCACGCGGCAGUUAAAGAACCGCCAAGCGCGUGCCGUGGCGUCACUUCCGGACCGGCUGACAGUGUUUUACUUCCACAGGAGAAUGUGGGUGGAGCACCGCCGGGUCCACGUCAACCAGUCCCAACUGCUCUGCAGAGAUGGCUGUGGGUAUUACGGCAACCCCGCCUGGCAAGGCUACUGCUCCAAGUGCUGGCGCGAGAGGAAGCCCAAGCAGCCGGCCUCAAGGCCUCGCACUAAUGCAGGAGCGGAGAAUAUUGUGUCUCAGUCUGGAGUCGAGAGAGAAAACAAGGCGAAGAUCAUGAGAGGACUCUUCAGCAGUGCCAAGAUGGCGCCAAAGCAAGGAAAUGGCACCGCACACGCUGUAGAUCCUAAAUCUGGCGACGCCGACCCACCCAAAGCCUCCUCUACCAAAUUGCCGGCCGAUUUCACAGAGUUCCUGAAGUUUCUACGCAAGCCGUCGGCCCAGAACUUCCAUCAGCACUGCAUGACUUUCCUGAAGAUGCUGGAAGCUCGCAGGGACAUCACAAUACAGAAGCAGGCAGAAAUGGUGCAGGAUUUCUAUCAGAGUACUGCAAGCCACUUCCAGAAUUACUCCGAUAAGCAGAGACACCAAAUGAUGGAACACAUUGAGAAGCUGCUGAUGACCCGAUUGUACAAGUGCGUCUUCUGCCCAGACUGCUCUGACGACGAGCAGAAGGAUCUAUUUCUCCAGAAGAAGAUAAGGUCGCUCCAGUGGGUUACAGCCUGUAUGCUUGGUGUUCCAGGCCUGGAGAAAAAGUCUGAAACCGGCGAUCACAUGCUCUCUGCCAUGACAGCAAUAAUCGAGAUGGAUGCCAGACGUGCCCCUCAGGAUAAACUAUCCUGCAUCUGUAAGUGCUGCCAGCAUGUGUUUGCCGCUCUAGCAGAAGCCAAUUCAGAACCAGCGAAUGCAGACGACUUCUUAUCCGGGCUCAUCCUGGUGGUCCUAAAAGCUAACCCACCACGCUUGCACUCUAACGUCCAGUAUGUGGUUCGCUUUGGGCUUCCGCACAACCUCAUGGCCGGAGAAGCGGCUUACAAUUUUACAAAUGUGUGCUGCGCGGUCACUUUUAUCGAGAAGCUGGAUGGUCCUUCCUUGAAUCUCUCUGAAGAACAGUUCCAAGACUACAUGCAAGCUGGGAAGUCAUCCUCUCGGCAGGAGUCUGUGACCACAAACUGCUUGACCAGCGUGCACAAGGCCUGGAGGAACAUCGAGCAGCUUGCGGAGCUCCAGGGACGACAAGACCGACUGACACUGGGAGCUCAAACAAUGCAGAAAGAGCUGGAUGAGUGGGUACAGUCUGUAAAAGAACAGGUGGAGAACGUGAUGUCAGGCAGCUGACGAUCUGUACAGCACUGUUAGCUCUGGCUCAAUGGCAUAUGAAGGAAGACUACAGACUAACUACGGGUAACGUCCACAAAGUGUGAAGUUGAUUUAAAGUACGUUAGUACAUCAAAUCAACACAUAGAAGUGCACCUGAACCAAACAACAGCAUGCUCUUUAAACCGAGAUUGGGGAGGACUCAACAUGAAAUAGCAAACUGAGCCAAGUGUUCUUUCCCAAAGCCCAUCUGACCUUUACAACUCAAAUACGUCGUUACUUAAUUUGCAGAUCAAUGAUGCCCUCACACAGAGCAAGUCAUUGGAGUGGCUCCCAGCGGUUUCACACACACACUGGUGCAGCUCCACUUUACUGAUGGCACAUAAUCCAACCCGAGGUAUCACUGGGGCAGCCUCAUUUGACAGUGUGGAUGGGAGCACAAAGCUGUUGUUCACGACAACACGUCUUGCUUG